AUGGAUGCUAUCCCUGUGGAUCCAGAUUUGUACGCUCCUGGCAGUGCUUAUAUCCCCGAUGACUGGGAGUCGGAGACCACAUCAGUCAACUCAUCAAUAUAUCGUGGUUUGAUGGACAAUGGGAGACGAUAUCAAUCGCUUUCAAACAAAGAAUAUUGUGUUCCAUCCGAUGAGCUACAAUUUGAGACCUAUGAGGCAGGACACAUCGUGGAUCUCAUUAUGGAAUCAGAUCAAGCCAAUCCACUAUUUCGGUCACCCAUCGGGAUCGACCGAGAAUGGCCCCUGCAGGUUCUCGAUAUUGGAACCGGAAAGGGCACUUGGGCCAUCGAUGUUGCUGAUAUGUAUCCGAAUGCCACUGUCCGCGGAGUUGACCUCUUUCCUCCUCCAGUCACCUGGAUGCCGCCUAAUUGCGUCAUUGAGGUUGAUGAUGUGCUGCAAGAGUGGACAUGGCGCGCACAGUUUGAUCUAAUUCAUAUGCGCAACAUGAUCGGAUCAUUUGAUUCAUUUGAGUGGGACCGUGUUUAUCAGCAGUGCUUUGAGAAAAUGGCCCCUGGUGGGUGGAUCGAGCAGAUUGAGGUCGGCCCCUUUAUCACAAGUGACGAUGGUAGUCUCCCAAUUGAUAGUGCCUUGUCUUCGUGGGGUCCGCUUAUACAGAUAUGUGGUGAUCGCGCCGGUCGCUCUUGUGAUAUCGUCCUUACCAUGUCGGAGAGCAUUAAGAACGCAGGAUUUGUGGACGUGCACGAAAAGAUCUACAAAUGGCCAAUUGGGCCAUGGCCCAGAGACCAAAGGUUCAAGGAGGCAGGCCUAGUAAAUUGCCAACACUGGAUGUCUGGAAUGGAAGGGUGGUGUAUGUGGCUACUAACAAAAUUCGGUGACCCCGAGCCGUGGACUAAGGAUCAAGUUCAUGUAUACUGCGCCAAGUUACGCAAUGAAAUCAAGAACCCGCACUUCCAUGCAUAUCACAAAACGAGAAGAGUGUGGGCUCGCAAGCCAAUGCCCGGGGAAGUCCCGCCUAGGUCAUCAACAUCCAGCUCCAGCACGCCUAGGGCAAACCCAUGA